UGGCCCUUUAAACCUCCAGCUGGUUGGCGCGACUCCUGCGGUGGCAUUUAACGGAGUGGGCUGACGUCACUAAACUUUUCCAGUGGCGUGUGUGUGUGUGUUUGUGUGUGGAUUAUGAGAGAGUGAGUGUGUGGAAGACAGUCCACUGCUCAGGACGGGCAAAGGAUUCCUGUUGUUUCGAUAAGUGCGCUCGGAAAGUAAACGCUUUGAGUCAAGACUGAGAACAUCGUGGAUUGUUUUUGUACAUCUCUUCCCUGUGGAAAAGAAACUUCAAGCCCUGAAAAGUAGAGGUGGCACAUUCCAAGAAAUCGCAAGUGAGACGGGAGCGUUUUCAAGCAUGAACCGGGCAUUUAACAGGAAAAAAGAUAAAUCAUGGAUGCACACUCCAGAAGCACUGGCUAAGCAUUUUAUAGCGUACAAUGCCAAGUUUCUGGGGAAUACAGAGGUUGAUCAACCCAAAGGUACAGAAGUUGUGAAAGAUGCUGUCAGAAAGCUCAAGUUUCAGAGGCACAUUAAGAAGUCAGAAGGGCAGAAGAUCCCAAAAGUGGAAUUACAAAUCUCUAUCUAUGGAGUGAAAAUAUUAGAUCCUAAAUCAAAAGAAGUACAUUACAACUGUCAGUUACACCGGAUAUCCUUCUGUGCAGAUGAUAAAACAGACAAAAGGAUAUUCACGUUCAUUUGCAAAGAUUCAGAAUCCAACAAACAUCUCUGCUAUGUGUUUGACAGUGAAAAAUGUGCAGAGGAGAUAACUUUGACCAUUGGCCAAGCAUUUGACUUGGCAUACAAGAAGUUUCUGGAAUCCGGGGGAAAAGAUGUAGAGACAAGGAAACAGAUAGGAGGCCUGCAGAAAAGAAUUCAAGAUCUUGAAGCUGAAAAUUCAGAGUUGAAGAAGCAGUUACAAGUCUUAGAGGAGCAACUAAUGAUUGCUCAAGUUCCUCCUCUUCUUCAUAUUAACUCUUCUAAUGAGGCGUAUAUGCUUCAGAGACCCUCCUCUCUCUUCUGGUGUCACAAUGUGACAUCGUUCUCUUGUCUCGAAAUCUCUUCUGUUACACUAACGCCAAUGAGCUCACCUGACUCUAACCUUUCUGCUGGUCUUCUGACUCCUCCACCUGCUAAACCAGCUCUGUCAAAACCUUCCAGUGGAGACAGCAUUCUUCACCCUCCUGGAAACAGCAUAUCCUCAAAGACGCCGACGGACAUAUUUGACAUGGUUCCAUUUUCUCCAAUGACCCCACUGGUUCCUUUACCAGCAAGUAAUGGCUCAGCCCCUCCAACCCCAGCAAGGCCUACAGAGAUGAGAAGAGACCUGUUCGGCGCAGAACCAUUUGACCCUUUCACCUGUGGGGCAGCUGACUUCCCCCCCGACAUCCAGUCCAAGCUGGACGAGAUGCAGGAGGGGUUCAAAAUGGGACUGACAGUAGAGGGCACUGUCUUUUCCCUUGAUCCACUAGAUGGUCGCUGCUGAUGUCAAGAAGAUUGUCACAUUCAUGUUAAACCAUUUGUAUUAAAGUGCCAAACUUGGGUUUACAGUUAAAAUGUCAAUGUCUUAUCUUGCGUUUAAAAAAUAAAAAAAAAAAAAAUAUAUAUAUUUUUUUUUUUAUCUAUUUGCAUUUGAAUUUGGUUUACAAAAUUAUAUUAAAAAAUAAGAAGCAGUAGAUCACUAUUUUUGUAAGAACUAAAACUGAAAUAGUAAUGGAGUUUUAACACCCCUUGCUUGUACAAGCAAUGUAAUUACUAUGUAAGAAAAUGUAAAAUGUAAGAAAGUAUUUCCAAUCGCACACACAAGUUUCACAACCAUUAUCAAACAUCGCAUACAACAAAAAAAAAAUAAAUUCAAAUCUAUAUGGCAGAUAGUAAUUCAUUGUAUAAUGUCAUGCUACAACUCUUAAAACUCUAUUGUUAUUUCCCUUUCCAUUAUUUUGUAUAUAUAUUUUUAACACUUAAUGCAUUACCAUAUGUAAGACAUGGGAUAAAUAACUCCUUUUAUAUUAAAAACAGGUCACAUGUAAAAUUAUGAUAUUGUUUUUGUUUAUUGCAAUGGAUUCAUGAAAGUAUUUUUUAACUUAACAGCAGUGCCAUAAAUUGCAGGAUAAGACUAUUUCCACAUUAACCUGUACUUGUAUUGCUGUUAAUUUUAUAUUAUCUAUUUUAGUAUACUCUUGCACAAGGAAGCACUUUGUAAGAGCUCUGUUCAAGUAUUAUUGUUAAUUCACUUUGUAAGCAUUAUUUUAACCUUUGUUGUUGUAGUCAUUAAAAGGAAACUGUAUAGAUUCUGUGUAAUUUGUUUUAUAACAUGCCUUUCUAAAACCUUCACCUUUAUUAAAUAAGAGACACCUUUUUUGGCAAAUUCAGCAAAUCUCCACCAACAUGCUGUAGUGUUGAAGUAAUUUAUUAAGAUUGGAAAAUAAUAUAUUGAAAGUACAUUAUAAAGGAAUUGUAAAAUUACAGUAAAAUCAUCACGUAGUUCAAAUAUAUUCCUGUUUUGUUACACUUUUUUCCCCCCACACUUUCAUGACUGUCUAAAUAUUUUUUUCAUAUGUAACUGUGUGUGUGUGUGUGUGUGUGUGUGUGUGUGUCUAAAAUGCAUGCUCUUAAACAUAAGUAUAAUGCUUGAAAUGUUAUGUUUGUCACUUUCUUAUGUUUCUUGAUUUAUUUUUUUAAAUGUCAGAGAAUAUUAUAGCUUUGCCAAGUGUACUGCACUUGUCUCAAUUAAAAGUACGUCCUUCUGAAGAGAGCAACAUCUUGGAGCAUGUUACCCCAUUCUUUUUUUUGGUAGGAUGCUGUUUCCCAUCCUUUGAAUGUUUAACAAAAUGUAAGCAGUCUUCAUAGUAGUACUGCAUCAAGAUCAUGCCAUUUUUUCAAUCAGUGCAACUGUUGUGGAAGCUCUCUACAAUUGUUUCCUGUCUGGAUUACAUCUCUACAAAGUAGAAUUCCAUAACAAAAUUAAAACUGGCACAAUCAAAAGCUCCCAUGUUUUUAGAUUUUUUUUUUUUUUUUUUUUUCUAAAUAA